GGAGCCGGUGUCUGGGGCUGGUGAUGGGGUUAAUUCUCUCCCGUGUGACUCCCAGUCGCGCCCAUCCAACCCCGCUGUCUCCCUGCUGCGCCGCGCUCCGACCGCCUCCUCCUCCUCCUCCUCCUCCUCCUCAGUAACUCGGGCCACUAAAAGUAAUGCUAUAUAUAAUCCAAGAAAGUCCAGUUCAGUCCAGAACUCUACACUGUUGACAAGGACAUGGGACUCCUCCUACCAGAUUCCAGAUGGUUCAAUACAACUGACAUCCUGGCUGACAACUGUGGAAAGGAACCUUGGAUUAUUUUCUUUUAUUUUUGUGGAAGACCACAAUCCCAAAUCUAUAGCACACAUCAGGCUUCAAGUUUCCUGUAGAAUUCUAAAAUAACCUUCUCUAAUGAGGAUGUCUGAUACUGUUACUGUAAAAGAUGGAACUGAUACAAUGAAGGGUUUGGAGGCAGAAAUGAAAGAUGCAACCAGAGUCGAAAAUCUUACCAAAUCAGAAAACUAUGAGAAGAUUUCAGCAGAAAAGAAUGAACGUUGUAUUGACAGCAAAAUUGAUUUACAGCGGCCAGUGCAGUCGUUUGGACAGACAGGAAAAAGGUCAAAGUCAAGUUCAAAGUUAAAACUAGUUCGGAGCCUUGCAGUGUGUGAAGAAUCCCCACCGCCUCCCACAGCGGAGAUAUCACAGGAUGAUAACCAGCAGGAAAAAAUCCAGAUCCAGUUAACACAAUCAUUUGAAAAAGAUGAGAAACCCUCCAAAGAUGAAGGAGAAAAAGAAAAAGGCGAUAAGUUGCCCAGAAAAAUGUUAUCAAGAGAUUCCAGUCAAGAAUACACAGAUUCAACUGGCAUAGAUCUACAUGAAUUUUUAGUAAAUACAUUAAAAAACAAUCCCAGGGACAGAAUGAUGCUGCUGAAAUUAGAACAGGAAAUCUUAGAUUUCAUUGGUAAUAAUGAAUCUCCAAGAAAAAAAUUCCCCCCAAUGACAUCUUACCAUAGAAUGCUAUUACAUAGAGUAGCUGCUUACUUUGGAUUAGACCACAAUGUUGAUCAGAGUGGGAAGUCAGUCAUAGUAAACAAAACUAGCAAUACAAGAAUACCAGAUCAGAAAUUUAAUGAUCAUAUCAAGGAUGAUAAAGGUGAAGACUUUCAGAAGCGUUAUAUCCUUAAAAGAGAUAACUCUAGUUUAGACAAAGAUGAUAAUCAGAUGAGAAUACGAUUAAAAGAUGACAGAAGAAGCAAAUCUAUAGAAGAGCGAGAAGAAGAAUAUCAGAGAGCUAGAGAUAGAAUAUUUGCCCAAGAUUCCCUGUGUUCCCCAGAGAGCUAUCUUACUGACAAAAGAAUCCAAGAGGAGGAAGCAAAUAGUACACAGCAAAGACGCCAGAUAUUUAGAGUCAAUAAAGAAGCGUCUGGAAGAUCAGCCGCCAGCCAUCAGAGCAGCACCGAGAACGAGCUCCGGUGCUCUGAGCCCCGGCCCUGGAGCAGCACGGACUCCGAUAGUUCCCUCCGCAGUUUGAAGCCGGCGGUAACCAAAGCCAGCAGCUUCAGUGGCAUUUCAGUUCUGACAAGAGGGGAUAGCUCUGGGAGCAGCAAAAGCAUAGGCAGGCUUUCAAAAACAGGUUCUGAGUCUUCUAAUAGUGUAGGGUCAUCCACGGGCUCUCUUUCUCACAUCCAGCAGUCUCUUCCAGUUACAGCUCUCAGCCAACCUUCUCAUGGCCCCCCUGUCGUCUAUCCACCUGUCAGCACUAGUAACUCUCUUUCCUUUGAUGGUGGCCUAAGUGGGCAAGUUGCACCUCCUAGCACUAGCUUCUUUUUGCUUCCCUUGGAAGCAGCAGGCAUACCACCUGGCAGUAUUCUGAUCAACCCACAAACAGGUCAGCCCUUUAUAAAUCCAGAUGGCAGUCCAGUUGUGUAUAACCCUCCCGUGACUCAACAACCUGUUAGAACUCAAGUGCCUGGGCCUCCACAACAGCCUCCUCCUCCCCAGCCAUCUCAACAACAAGCGGCCAAUCACAUUAUAUCACAGCCUACUCGGCCUCUGCAGUCUUCUUCACAGCCUGUUCAGUACUCUACAGUCCCUUACCCAUCCCCGCUCCUGCCAGUCUCACCUACCCAGCAAUAUACUGUGCAGGACAACCUUGGAUCCCAGUUUAGCCAUAUGAGUCUUGUCCGCCAGCCAUCUGCUGAUGCUCCUGACCCUCAUGCCACUAUGUUCCAGUCUACUGUUGUCCUACAGCCAUCACAGCAGUCUGGAUAUAUUAUGGCACCAGCCCCUCCUCCAGCGCCACCCCUCCCGCCUGGCCAACCAGUCCCUACUACUGGCUAUUCUGCCUCUGGCCAUCAAGUAAACCAGCAGAUGCUCCAACAACAGGGAUACGUGCAGCAACCCACGCCUCAGAUGCCAGCGUGUUACUGUGCUCCAGGGCAGUAUCCCUCCAGUCAACAUCAGUAUCGCCCAGUUGCUUCUGUCCAUUAUAACACACAGCCAAAUCAGGCACUGCCACAGCCUGCACAGCAAACAGGUUACCAGGUUAUGCCCAGCCAGCAACAGCAAAACUACCAAGGGAUAGUUGCAGUUCAACCAUCCCAAAAUCAAAAUCUAGUCAGUGGCCAACAAAACAAUAUUGGAAAUCAAAUUCAAGGUGUGAUUGUCCCAUACCCUUCGGUGCCAUCUUAUCAGGUUUCACUGCCUCAAGGUUCCCAAGGAAUGCCUCAGCAGACUUAUCAGCAGCCUGUUAUAAUACCUAACCAAUCUAAUCAAGGACCUAUGCCCACCACAGGAAUGCCAGUUUACUAUAGUGUCAUCCCACCUGGUCAACAAAACAAUUUAAGCUCAUCCGUAGGUUAUUUGCAGCCUUUAGGAUCAGAUCAGUUACAGUUUCCUCAAACGUCUUCGCCAUGCAAUUCCCAGCAACUUCAAAGCCACCAGUGUGCAGCUGUACCGCCAUCUGGUGGAGGAGUGGUCAUGAUGCAGUUAAAUAUACCAAACAGUUCUCAACCUCGGGCCCACUCACCCCCUCAGUGGAAACAAAACAAAUACUACUGUGAUCAUCAAAGAGGACAAAAGUCAGUAGAAUUUAGCAAUUUAGAAAAUGUCGUCCAGUUACAGCACAGCCCUCAACUUAGUAGCCCGGUAACCUCACCAGCCCAGUCACCAGCACCAGCUCAGCUCUCCAAUAUGAAAAAUAUUUGUCCCACAUUAGCACCUCUUUCCAUCGUACCCCAGUUUUCUAGACCUUUUGUCCCUGGACAAGGUGAUUCCAGAUAUCCAUUACUUGGCCAACCACUGCAAUACAACCCUCCUUCUAUUCUGCAUGGACAUAUUCCGAACCAACAGUGUCAGCCUGGAAGCAGGCAUGGAAAUCGAGGAAGAAAACAAGCUAAAAAGGCUGCUUCCACUGACCUUGGCGCAGGAGAAGCAGCUGUUGGAAAGGUCUUAGAAAUUACUGAACUACCUGAUGGGAUAACCCGUGUAGAAGCUGAGAAGCUUUUUGGAGAACUCUUUAAAAUUGGUGCCAAGAUCCGCUGGCUCCGGGAUCCCCAGUCUCAGACACCGCUGCGCCACCAUUCUCUUUACUGUGGCAGUGGAGAUGGCACAGUGAAGACAGAACAAUCUAAACCUAGUGACUUGGCCUCCACAUACACAGUUCUAGCAACAUUCCCCUCCAUUUCAGCUGCCCAAAAUGCAUUGAAGAAACAAAUUAACUCAGUUAACAAGUUUAAGCUGAGGACAAGCAAGAAGCGCUAUGACUUUCAUAUCCUAGAAAGGGCAAGUUCUCAGUAGCAGAUCUACUACUGGACCGUCAGCCUUUAUGACACCUCUGUCUUCUGCCGUCCUUGAUUAGCUUGAUGUUUGGAGCUUCUAUUAACAUUAUGGAGGCUCCUGGGACAAUUGGUCAUGGUGUGAUAGCAUUCGAAGAAAGGCCAGUGAUCCAGUAAGGGGGACAGAAAGAGAUACACAGUCGACCCCAAAUGACCAGAAUUCAUACCAACCUGAUACAGAGUAGCAGCUUUCUCUGAGAAAUGCUGUUAAAAUGCCGCUAACUUUUAUAGUUGUUUUGUUUUAUAUUUCUGAAUUCUUGUAUCAGAUCCAAAGCUCUAUUGUACAGCAAAUUUUUCUUCACAACAAAUAGCCGUAUUGGAAGCUGAAUUUCUUCUCCUUUUUGCAGCCAGGACACUGUGACCUCUCUUGGAUGUGGGAAGGAUGCAAGAAGUAGACUAUCUGAGCCAAAACUAUUCGUUCUUUUUUUCUUGGUGGGUGAAUGAGAAGAAUCCUCACAUAGAAGAUUCCUGUUCCUCUGAAUUUCCAACCACACAUUUUUCAGUAAUGAUAGAAUUUGUUCACAAAGUCCUUUCCUUAUUCAAUAUAUUCAGACAAUGUGAAUGUUAAUUGUAAAUAAAUUAUGUUCUUAACUCAUUUUAAUCAAACCAUUUAGCAGAGAGAUUCUCUAAGGGGAAUAGGAAUCCUUCUUAAACAGGAAGAAAGUAAACUAAAAUCAUUUCUAUUUUUCUUUUUUUUUAAGUCAGAGAGUAAAAAUGAUGAAUCUUAAAUAUAUGUCCCCCAGAUAACUGUGCCACUUAUUUGCCUUCCCCUCCAUAUGGAUCUUAUCUCUGGUCACUGUAAGGAAAUACAUUUGUCAAGUGCUAGAAAAUCCUUCAAUGGUUUAAAUUUGUUUUCAUUGUUUGCAGAGAAUCACUGGACAUCAAAGAUUCAUUGCACUGCAGAACGAGAAACCUUUUUUUCAAUUUCUGUGUAAUUUGCAAGGCUGUACAAUGUGUGCUGAUGCAAGCCUUUUUCAGUUCAGAAGAAUAAAUGUUUACAAAUAUAAAA